UUUCAGUACCUUCUUGUACUUCAAUUCGGGCGUUUGUAUUUAAUCAAAAUGCUGAAGCUGCCAUCCAUUGUAUUCUGUUUCCUAUUACUCCAAAGACCAUUUGUUGAGUCUCGGGGUAACAGUCGUGCAAAGCAGUGUGGCGACUUUUGCCUGGCCGCACUCCACCCUCUCAUUGACGAUUCCAGCAAUAUCCGGAACAGGUUGGACGGAAUCGAAGCUGGGCAGUCAGUCCUCAAGGACUCCUGCGGUAGGACCACGUCGCAAGAGGAUCUUUGGGAGGGACUUCAGAAGGGACUUCGGGAGAUACAGACCAAGAUGGAUGCCCAAUUUCUCGUACUCCAGACACGGCUCGAAUCUUGUAAGAUCAAGACCAGAUCGAGGGAACCAUUUAGGGCGCUAAAAAUAGCAGCUGAUGCCAACGACAUACUCAAAAGCCAACUUAAAAUCAAAGAUGAUCUUAUAAAUGAAAAAGAUGAGCAAAUCAAAAUCAAAGAAGAUCUUAUAAAUAAAAAAGAUGAGCAUAUCAAAAUCAAAGAAGAUCUUAUAAAGAAUAUAGAUGAGCAAAACAAAAUUAAAGAAGAUCUUAUAAACAAAAAAGAUGAACAAAUCAAAAUAAAAGAAGAUCUGAUAAAUAAGAAAGAUAUCCAAAUCAGAAAAAUUAUUAACGAAAACAGGGACUUAAGGAUUCACGUUGACGAAAGUAGUGGUAGCGGUGACGGUUCAGUUGACUACAUAUGAAUGUAUGAAAAAAACACUUUAUAGGAUACAAUCAGAUACUAAAUUCGACGCAUCUGGAUCGGAUCUACCACAAUACGAUGAAAAAAUUUCACAUUUUGAAUUUAAUUUAAUUACAAUAAAUAAUUGGGAAGCAAA